AUGUCUUCACAUCUGGAGGGUCCACUUCUCCGCCGAUCUAUUCCAUUCGUGGAACGCUGGAUCGCCGAACUUGUUGCUGCAAGAGAGCCUAUGGUGGCUGCUAAAACGCCUGCAACUCAACAACCACAAGGCGGCAAUGGGGCAUCAGAUGCAAAAGGAAAGAAAAAAGGUGGAAAAUCCAAUAAUAAUAAUAAUAAUAAUAAUACUACUGCUGCUGCUGCGGAGGUGAGUAAUGCUAGUAGCAUGUCCAGGUGUCACUUUGUGGUUGGCAAGGUAUUGGAUGUGCGACCUCACCCAGACAGUCAGAAACUCUAUAUUGAGGAAAUUGAUCUUGGUGAGGCCGCAGGUGGUCGUCGCACCAUCCUUAGUGGUCUGCAGGAGUAUGUGAAAAAGGAUGAUUUCAUCAAUCGUCUGGUGUUGGUGAUUGCCAAUCUGGAACCACGCAAGAUUGGAGGAGUGCUCUCGGAAGGAAUGGUAUUAUGUGCAUCCAAAACAGAAGGGGAUGCUCGUGGAGUGGUACUGCUGGAUGUACCAGAGGGGACACCUGUUGGAGAGCGGGUGGUGUUUGAGGGUCAUGAAGGGCCAUAUGAACCGGUAUUAAAGAAGAAGUUGGCGAAACACUUUGAAGAAGUGGCAGCGGAUCUUAAAACAAAUGAAAAAGGUGAAGUGGUAUGGAAGGAUAUGCCAUUCCGUACAAGUCAAGGUGUUAUUACAGCAUCCAUUGUUAAUGGUUCUGUCUCGUAA